AUGAUUCAAGUUGUUAUUUUCAAAGAUUAUCCUACACCAUUAUUAACCCCAAUUAGCAGCAUUCAAGAGAGAGAUAUUGAGGAUGAAAUCAUUGUUGAACACGAUGAAAGUUCGGAUGUUGUGCCAGCCACAGCUGCCUCCUCCUCGUAUCACUCAAAGUACCUUAUAGUUGUUGAUGGCCUUAAAGAAACAUCCAAAGUAUACUUGGAUACCUUGAACAGGGUCAUACCUGAUAUGUUAACAGGAAGCAGAGUUCUUUUUACUACUCGCAAUGCAACAGUAGCCCAACAUGCAGUAGGUAGAAUCAUUCUUCACCCAUUACAGUUAUUAGAUGAUGAAACUGGUUGGCUGUUGUUCACAAGACAUUUGAAGGUCCCCAAGUCAGAAACAGAAUUUAUCAAGGUUGGAAAAGAAAUUGUGAUGAAAUGUGGGGGACUGCCAUCACAAAUACUGAAAAUAAGUGAUUUGCUUUCACAUAAAGAUGUUACACAUGAGGAAUGGUUAAGCGUGCCAGGAGGGCAGCAGCUCAAUGAAAAUCAAAUACAAUGUUGGUCUGAAACGCUAGACACAAUUAAUACAAACUUACCUUAUUAUCUAAGAAGAUGUCUAUUUUACUUUGUGCUAUUCCCUGCUGAAUUUGGGAUCCCUGUCAGAAGGUUGUUUGUUUUGUGGGUUGCUGAGAGUCUAAUUCAUCAAGCAGAAGAUGACGAAGUGCCCCCGGAGCUCGUUGCAGAAAGCUCUAUUUCCGAACACGCGCCCACAACAAAUCAAUUCACCACUGAGGAAGGUCCAAGGUUGCACAUUCCUCUCAAGACAGACAAUCAUGUCGUGUCUGACUUUGAGGGUGAACCAUCAAGCAUAAUUGCUUGUGCACUGUCCUUGUUGAAAGACUCAUCUGAGAUGUCGAAAAUUGACGGUGAUGUGAAAGAAAGUGGGAUAACUUCAAAAUCUACAGAUUCUUUGCACGACUCUCUAGAUUCAGAUUCUGCGCAUUCUACUGGAAGCGUGUCUUCAGAAGAGUCACGAUCAUUUCGUGCUACAGAAGACCAUAGCAAAGAAGUUCAUCUGGGUUAUGCAAAAAUCACUUGGGAGGGAAAAAUAUUCUGUGGUGGAAAAAGCAUAUCUUUUUUUGCCAAAACACUUGAUGAGAGGUUCAUCGUAAAGGAAAUCAAGAAGACGGAACUUGAAGCAUUUUUGGGAUUCUCUUCCCUAUAUUUCAAACACAUGAGAGAGUCAUUUGAGUCUGGGAGCCAAACAUAUCUAGCAACAGUCUUGGGGAUAUAUCAGGUUACUAGAAGACACAUUAAAAGUGGAAAAGAGGUUAAACAACAUGACCUCAUGGUGAUGGAAAAUCUUACCUACAAUCGAAAUAUUGUACGCCAGUAUGAUCUUAAAGGUGCUCUUUUUGAGCGGUAUACUUCUGAUGCUACUGGUGCUGAGGAUGUUCUUCUGGAUCAGAACUUUGUGGAAGACAUGAACUCUUCCCCGUUAUAUGUCAGCCACGUUUCGCCUUAUCAAUAG